AUGGCUGUAGCCCAGAGAAUCGCUGCGCUUGCAGCACUUGCUGUUUUGUGCUCAUCGCAGCCCGUUGAGCAACCGCCGACCUUAACCGAAGUCCCGGCUUCGAUUCUCUUCGCGGAAUCAGACCCGCAGCAGCACCUGACCCUUCCGUGCGCCACCACCGCCCCAUCGCAGAACGUCAAGUUCGAGUGGCAGAAGGACGGGAAGCCAUUCGACUGGGGCGGCCGCUCUGACGUCAUCAGGCGCGACGGCGAGGGCACCAUCGUCCUCCUCCAGCCGAAGUCGACCGACGAGGGCCGCUACCAAUGCUUCGCGUCCUCCGACGCCGGCGUUGCCAGCACGAGAAUGAUCACCGUCACGAAGGCCUACCUCCCCGUCCCGAAGAUCGCCGUCCAGAGGCACAGACCCGUCGAAGGGCAGCCCUUCAAACUGGACUGCCCCAUCCCGCCCUCGCAUCCGCAGCCCAAGAUAGAGUGGCGGCUCCGCUUCGAGACGGACCCGAACGUCUCGAAGGAGGUCUCCGACGGCCGCAUCACUGUAUCACCCGACGGCACGCUGUGGUUCUCCAACGUGACGUCAUCGGAUGCUUACGACAACUUCAAGUACACGUGCCUGGCUUCGUCGCCUGCCACGGCCGAGCCUGUCGCGCUAGCGGAGCACUACAUCGAGGCCCUGGAGCCGAACAAGGGCCAGGACUACAGCGAGGUGGUCGAGCAGUACACCACUGAGAACACGACCGCCAAGGUCGGCGAUGUCACCAUGCUGUACUGCAUCUUCGGCGGCAGUCCGCUCGCUCAUCCGGACUGGUUCAAAGAUGGCCGCGACACCAACAAUUCGCCCCAGGACCGCGUGACCCGCUACAACAGGAGCAAGGGCAAGCGCCUCCUCAUCCGGGAGACGUGGACGGAGGACCAGGGCACGUACACGUGCACCGUGGACAACGGACUCGGCAAGCGGAAGGAGCACACAAUGUACCUCACCGUCGUCAGCGCGCCCGUUUACGAGAAGAAACCGCCCACCUACAUGUCCGUUAAGGAGGGCCAAGAGGCCAGUAUCCCGUGCUCGGUGCUCGGCAUCCCGUCGCCCGCGGUGACAUGGACCUACAACGCCACGCCCGUCGCCAAACGCGAGGGCCUUACCAUAAGCCAGACGGUCCAGGGGAACCGCACCGUCGCCGAUCUGCACAUCGGCCGCGCGAAGAAGACCGACGGCGGCUACUACGGAUGCCACGCGAUCAAUGAGAACGGCGACGUGUACGCCGAGACGCUGCUGCAUGUCGCC